AGAAGCAACAGACUGGAUCGGCGCGGUCGGUACGCGCUCGGGUCAGGUGCGCGCCGGGAGAGCGACUCCAAAACGCGCAGCUGCAAAGCUGAUUUAACGCUGCACAAAAACCGAGAUCGCUUUGAAAUAUACACAAAUAUAAUAUAAAAAGCUAAGAGGGGGAUUUACCGAAGUCUUGAUACAAAGACACAGGAGAGCAACAAUACUGUCUGCAGGAACGCUGAUGGAAACGCACCUGACCAUAACCCCUUGCCCAGAAAAUUCCGUGCAAUGAAGCAGCGCAGACCAGCUGCAGGUUCCUUUGCUUACCUUUCAACUUAAUCCGAAGAGCAAAGAAUAAAUCAUGAACUUGACAGACUCUGUUUGGCUCUUGGAAGAGCCCUGGAACCUCAGCCGUGUGGAGGAGGAGGACGAGAAACUUUUAUUCGGGAUCGGCACGGAUAAUUUCAUCACGCUUCUGGUUUUCGGGCUCAUCUUUACGCUCGGCGUGCUGGGCAACUCCAUGGUGAUCACCGUGCUGGCCCGGAGCAAACCGGGAAAACCUCGAAGCACCACCAACAUAUUCAUCCUGAACCUAAGCAUAGCAGACCUGUCUUACCUGCUUUUCUGCAUCCCUUUCCAGUCCACUAUCUACAUGAUGCCCACUUGGGUGCUCGGUGCAUUUAUUUGCAAAUUCAUCCACUAUUUCUUCACUGUUUCAAUGCUGGUCAGCAUCUUCACCCUGUCCGCUAUGUCAGUGGACCGAUACAUUGCCAUCGUUCACUCCAGAAAGUCGUCCUCUAUUCGGGUGGCGAAGCACGCUCUAAUUGGGGUGGUGGUGAUUUGGAUACUCUCCCUGGCGAUGGCUGCGCCUAUCAUGUAUUACCAGAAUAUUUUUAAGAGAGGGGAAAAUCACACCUUUUGCUGGGAAGUGUGGCCGGAUCAGAACCAGAAGAAGAUCUAUGUGGUUUGCACGUUUAUCUUUGGUUAUGUGCUGCCUCUGCUGCUCAUUUCUUUCUGUUAUGCAAAGGUGUUAAAUCACUUGCACAAAAAACUAAGAAAUAUGUCCAAAAAGUCAGAGGCAUCAAAGAAAAAGACUGCUCAGACGGUGCUUGUGGUGGUGGUGGUGUUCUGCCUGUCGUGGCUCCCUCAUCAUGUAGUUCACCUCUGGGUGGAGUUUGGGACCUUCCCGCUAAACCAAGCCUCCUUUGUAUUGCGGGUGGCUGCACACUGCCUGGCGUACAGCAAUUCAUCAGUCAACCCGGUCAUCUACGCCUUCCUGUCGGAGAACUUUAGAAAGGCCUAUAAGCAGGUGUUUAAAUGCCAGAUUGGUACCAGUGACUCCCCGCUUAAUGACAUCAAGGACAUUCGAAGCAAAGCAGAUACGCCGCCCUCAACUAACUGCACAAAUGUUUGACUUACAGCUGCCACACCCAAAGUCAUUGCAAGUCAUCAGAUAUGAGUGGGUGUGCGUUUUUGAUGCAGGUACGUAUGGUCGUUUGGACAUCGCUAAAGCUGUAAUAUUCCACAUAAGCGCUGUUAAUUUCACCUGGACUAGAGGGGAUAAGGCACCAGUGGCUGCAGGACACGAUAACUCCCUCUUUGUGAUUGCUACUGUAUACGUCAUCACUGAUGGAAAAAAAAAAAACUGUCUGAAAUUGAAAAAAGUGAUCCUCCUUCGACAGUGACCUCUCUUAAAAUGCAGACAGUGAGUUUAUUCAAAUCAAUUAAUUUAAAACUCUGCAUGGGGAAAAGAAAAACAAUAUUGGUGCAGGUCCAAUAAGUGGACAUUUUUCAUAAAAAGUAAGAAUUGCAUUAAAAGAAGCAACACAUUUAUACCUGUAAUACAGUCUGUUUUUUUAAAAAAAAAAAAAUACUUGUAGGAUUUUGCAGGAUUUGGAUUAUUCAAUGAGGAAGUAGUAAAGGACCACAAAAUUGAUACAUCUGAUCCAGUUGUUGUUUUGCCAUCUUAUUAGAAGAAGAUGGCAGGUCAUUGUCAGUUUCCUGAUGCUGAUUUUAUUUCUUUAGUGAUGAAAGAGGUAUAGGAUAGCAUGCUAGCCGAGCUAGCUUGAAUCAGCUCGUCUUAGCUAGCCGUUUCUAAAACAGGUGGCUCCUAGCUACAUCCAAAACUAUUUCUACAAAUUACAUGUCAGAAACUAGACACAUUGAAGCCCAGUUUACGUGUUGCUAACUACUUUUAGCUUGGUAUGCUAAUGUUAACUCUGAAAAACUGGACAGUGAAAGCAAAGAAUGGUUUUACCAAGAUAGUAGCAUGAUUAUGGCCCAAUAACUCUAUAAAGCUACUCUUUUGUUUCAUAAAAAGUGUCUAGGAUAUGAAGGUCUUUAAUAGUCCUAAUGUGCUUGUGAAUUCUAGGUAAAUUAGUACUACUUUCAAGUUGAAAACAUGGCUGACUGAGCAACCAAAAAUCCCAUUUUUUAAAAGAUUAGCAAGCAUGACUCACUAAUACCAUGGAAACAUACAAUUUUGUUUCAAGGUAAGUUGAAUGAAAGUUGGCUAAUAUUUAACUCUGUAGUGGAUAACUUUUAUUUAUUUUGUCUGUUGUUACAGACACCAGGUUGAGAAUUAAAACCAGUGCCAAAACUAGUUUACUAGGAAACUAUAGGUGCCUAUAGACUUCAGCAUUGUCUGAACUUGUUUGACAAUGGCUUGGUUGUAAUCCCUGUAGUCCAUGUUUAGAGUUUAAGAGCCUGUUUUGAUUUGAUUGAUCAAAACAAGAAUUGAUUUGAUUUGAACUAGCAAACAUGCUUUAUAAUCAUCUUAAAGCAAAUUUCAUAGGACUACAGACAAUAUCUUUGUGUAAUUGACCUCUGGAGUUUGUGGUCGGUAUCACAGCCAUCUGUUUGUGGGUGGCAAAUAGUCUGCUGUACCUCCCAUUGAGGAAAAAAUAUGAAAGACUGGAACUAAAAGAUUUUUUUGUAGUUUUAAUUGUUUUUCUACAUAUUGAAGUUGUAAUGCAUCACUGUGUGUGUUUUGGGGUUGUUAAAUAAGGUACAUCUUAACUGCACUCUUGACAAGGAUCAUAUACAUGAGUAUUAACUGAGUAACAUUUUUCAAGUAAGCUGUCCAUCACUGCUGAUGGUCCUUCACUGUAGAUUAAAAAUAAAAGACCUACUAUUUAAGUUGCACUCUGCUUGAGAAACCAUGUAUUUUAUAAUAGAUUGGGUUGUAAAUACUAAAAGCUAAAGCUUAUAUUCACAUAUGUCUUUGGAAAUCUUGCUGUACUUGCUUAUGAUGCUACGUAAACAGUUUUCAGAUUGUGUCGUGCUGUAUCAAUCAGCCUGGCUGUUGAAUGUACCGAUGCUUGAUGUGCUUUUCCUGGUAGCCAUCUUUGUAACCAAGAAAACAACAGAACAAUGGAAAUGAAUUAAUUUUAAUGUUGUACAAUAUAUGUGAUGUGCCAAAUCACCAUAUAGCAGCUUUAGCUCAGUGCAACAAAAUCAUUUAAACUACACAAGAUGAGAGCUUUAAAUACAGUACAGCUCGGUAUUCUCUGUAACCACAAAUACUCUGCUUAAGAUUUUAGUCCACA